UGCUAAGUCCUAGCCAGUGGACCACCAGGAAUUCCCUGUUUUUGUUUUUAAGAUUAAUUUUAUUGAUCGUAAUAUGAUAAUAAAAGCAGUAAUGUUCAUUAUAAAGAAUUUUAAAAAUACAUCAAAAUGUAAAGAUUAAAACAAAUCAAUCCUUAAUCCUACAACCUGCAGAUAACUGCUGACAUUUCAGUGUGGUUUUUCCUGGCUUUGUGAGUGUCCGUUUGUACCUUUCAUAACUAAGAUGGUAUCAUAUACGUGUUUUUAUAUUGUUCUUAUAUCUCUUCACCUUAUUCCAUGAGCAUUUGUCUGUCAGUUAAGAUAUUGUUUAAAGAAUAUUUUCUGUGACUGUGCACUGUCCCAUCGUAAUGGGCUGGUCAUCGUGUAUCUGCGACCAGUCUUCUGUAAGUGAACCCCAGGCCAUCCCCACUGCUUGCUGCUGUCGGUCUCCACAUGGGCGCUUGGGAGGCUGUCUGCCAGAACCCAGGGUGGCCUGCCACCAACCAGAUAACUGACUGAGACCACCCGUCUGCAGGUCACGCACAUUUCCAGUUCUGACGAGUCUUCCUUGUUGUCUGGUUCAUAGGCAGAUGCAGAUGGCACCCCCUAUUCCGGCCAGCUGCUGGAGGACCCCCCCCAGAGGCUGCGCUGGCAGGCCCACCUGGAGUUCACCCACAACCACGACGUGGGGGACCUCACCUGGGACAAGAUUGCCGUCUCGCUGCCCCGCUCGGAGAAGCUCCGCUCCCUGGUGCUGGCCGGGGUCCCCCAUAGCAUGAGGCCACAGCUGUGGAUGCGGCUGUCUGGGGCCCUGCAGAAGAAGAGGAACUCCGAGCUGUCCUACCGAGAGAUCGUGAAGAACAGCUCCAACGAUGAGACCAUUGCCGCCAAGCAGGGGUCCCUGGCCUCCUCCCCGGGGGCCUCGGUGUCGGGGGUGCGGAGGCUGUGCCGCUGCAGCUGCGCCUCACCGGCUCUUGUUGUGGGCGGGCUGCCGGCAGAUCGAGAAGGACCUGCUCCGCACCAUGCCCAGCAACGCCUGCUUCGCCCACGUGAGCGGCGUCGGGGUGCCCCGCCUACGCAGGGUGCUCCGAGCGCUGGCCUGGCUCUACCCGGAGAUCGGCUACUGCCAGGGCACGGGCAUGGUGGCUGCCUGCCUCCUGCUCUUCCUGGAGGAGGACGACGCCUUCUGGAUGAUGUGCGCCAUCAUUGAGGACCUGCUCCCCGCCUCCUACUUCAGCACCACCCUGCUGGGUGUGCAGACGGACCAGCGUGUCCUGCGGCACCUCAUCGUCCAGUACCUGCCUCGCCUGGACAGGCUGCUCCAGGAGCACGACAUAGAGCUGUCGCUCAUCACACUGCACUGGUUCCUCACGGCCUUCGCCAGCGUGGUGCACAUCCGCCUGCUGCUGCGCCUCUGGGACCUGUUUUUCUACGAGGGCUCCCUGGUGCUGUUCCAGGCCACACUGGGCAUGCUGCGCCUCAAGGAAGACGAGCUGAUCCAGUCGGAGAACUCGGCCUCCAUCUUCAACACGCUGUCAGACAUCCCGUCGCAGCUGGAGGACGCGGACCUGCUGCUGGCGGAGGCCAUGCGCCUGGCGGGCUCGCUCACCGCCGUGGCCGUGGAGGCCCAGCGCCGCAAGCACCUGGCCUACCUGCUGGCCGACCAGGGCCAGCUCCUGGGCACCACCGCCACCGCUAGCCUGUCUCAGGUGGUGCGCCGCAGGACUCAGCGGAGGAAGGCCGGCAUCACAUCGCUGCUCUUCGGGGAGGACGACCUGGAGGCGAUGAAGGCCAAGAACAUCAAGCAGACGGAGCUGGUGGCCGACCUUCGGGAAGCUAUCCUGCGUGUGGCCCGCCACUUCCAGUGCACAGACCCCAAGAACUGCAAUGUGGAGCUGACCCCGGACUACAGCAUGGAGAGCCACCAGCGGGACCACGAGAACUAUGUGGCCUGCUCGCGUGGCCACCCACGCCGGGCCAAGGCCCUGCUGGACUUCGAGCGCCAUGACGACGAUGAGCUGGGCUUCCGCAAGAACGACAUCAUCACGAUUGUCUCUCAGAAGGACGAGCACUGCUGGGUGGGCGAGCUGAAUGGCCUGAGAGGCUGGUUUCCAGCCAAGUUCGUGGAAGUCCUGGAUGAGCGGAGCAAGGAGUACUCCAUCGCGGGGGAUGAUGCUGUGACAGAGGGGGUCACAGACCUCGUGCGAGGGACCCUCUGCCCAGCCCUCAAGGCCCUGUUUGAACACGGACUGAAGAAGCCUUCGCUGCUCGGGGGCGCCUGCCACCCCUGGCUGUUCAUCGAGGAGGCAGCGGGCCGGGAGGUCGAGAGAGACUUCGACUCCGUGUACUCACGCCUGGUGCUGUGCAAGACGUACAGGUUGGAUGAAGAUGGCAAAGUCCUCACCCCAGAGGAGCUGCUGUACCGGGCUGUGCAGUCCGUUAACGUGACCCACGACGCCGCACACGCACAAAUGGAUGUGAAGCUCCGCUCCCUCAUCUGCGUGGGGCUCAACGAGCAGGUGCUGCACCUGUGGCUGGAGGUGCUCUGCUCCAGCCUGCCCACCGUGGAGAAGUGGUACCAGCCCUGGUCCUUCCUGCGCAGCCCUGGCUGGGUCCAGAUCAAGUGCGAGCUGCGGGUCCUCUGCUGCUUCGCAUUCAGCCUCUCCCAGGACUGGGAGCUUCCUGCAAAGAGAGAGGAGGAGAAGAAGCCCUUGAAGGAGGGCGUCCAGGACAUGCUGGUGAAGCACCACCUCUUCAGCUGGGACAUCGACGGGUGACGUGCUCCUCCAGGGGCUCCCCCCCCAGCCCCCACAAAGCAAGGAGAGAACGGCCAGCCCUGGCCAGCUCCAAGCUGCAGGGUCGAGGGGAGGACAUGCUCCAGAGUUCUGACUGGGCACCGUGGUGGGGGGGGGUCAGAGUGGCAGAGAAGGGCAGAGGGUGGCAGGAACAGGUACGAGUGCCCUGUCCUGCCAGCGUUUUUACAGAGGCCCUGGGCCCAGCUCCACGAAGCCAACCAAAAACCUCGUGAGGAGGUGGGGCGCCAGCUUUGGGCCGUCAGGUUUUGCUCAGGAAGAGCGUGGGGUGGCUGAAGGCUCCUGGGCAUCCGUGAUUUAUAAAUAAACUCGCCUCUGAGAAAGCA